AUGACGAACGUCAAAGCUACCCCCAAGCUCUAUCUUUACGAGCUUUACGGUGUCAAGGGCACGCCCGCCGAGCGCCUCAAGUCGUUCUUCCGCCGACUCGCCAGCAUCGAGGAGCGCCGACGAGAGCGCGUCUCGGCUCUCACGGAGACCCACAACGAUCAACAACGUCUUCUCGCCCUCGUCGACAUUGUCAACGUGCGUUGCGAUUAGCGCUCGGAACGUCGCUUCGAGGUGCGGGACGAGCUCGCAGAAUACCUGGCGAGUGACCCAGCCCUUGUCCGCUGCCUGGCGGAUUUGACCCGCCAGGGCCCUCGCUUCAACCCGAGGGAAGCCGGUGAUCGACUCGAACUGGUGGACGCCGAGGACACCGGAGGAGGGCUCGCCCAAGCGUACCUCCGCGUUCUACCCUGCACGCGCGAGCAAGCGUUGGCGUGGUCCUCGGACUUUGAGCGGGACUCGCCCGUGUCGGGGGUGCUGGAGCCGCUGUUCCGCGCGGAAGUGGAGCACCUCCCCACCGGUGAGGGGCUCGUGCGGGUGUAUGUCGGGUACACGACCCGCUCUCCCACGAAGCGGGCUGUGGAGGACGCCCGCACGAUUGAGCGGGGCCGGCCCCAAACGAAGUUUCAACACUUCAUGGAAUUGAGCGGCACCGAGCUCGACAGCGACAUCGCCGUUUAUCGGAUCAAGCUGUCCGGCCCCCUGUCCGAGGCUCGUCGUCGUCGCCUCGCGAGCUCACUCGAAGCGUUCAUCAUCUCGCUGCUCGGGCCCGUUUGCCUCAAUUCGGCCUCGGGUGGAUUCAAGACGAGUCGAUGGGGGCCGAAUCCGUCCAACACGGAUUUGUUCGACAUUCGCCGAGCCGUCGAGACGCUUCUCGGCCCCUCCCUUCGCUCGAACCGACCCGUGUCCGAGCCCUCUGUCGCCGCGUUUUGGUCGGCGAUCCGCGCCCACUUUGAGGAUGAGCGAGCGGACUUUGGACGUGGACUGGUCCCGGACAGCAGAGGUACCAUCCCCGGCGACUACGUCGCCGAGCAGACCGUGCUCGCGGCUUCGUUCGGUCGCGACGGGUUCGACCGCCCGACCGUCGUUCGGGUGCUCGAGGCCCCCCCCGAAGAAGAGUUCUUGGGCAGAGCCCACUUUUUCGGCACGGACGCGGGCGUAACGGCACAGUUCCUCCGAACCUCGCUCGCGUUCGCCUUCGAUGUCGACGAAGCUUCCUUGGAGGCCACCCCCCUGACGCCCUUCGACCGUCAGCGUGGCGCCGCCGACGCGCAGCGCUUCUCGUUGGCACGCAUCGGCCUCGUCGACAUCCUCGCGCUGCCCAACCCGAAUCGCCUCGCCGAGUCGCUUGCCUUCCUUCGGCGAAUCCUCGUCAACGUCGUCCCCUGCCCGGUACUCGUCGUCACCGGCGCCAAGGCGUACGAGCUCGUCACUCGGUUCCUCUACCGCGUGAAAAUUGCCUCGUCCGUCGCCCGCGACGCCUUUGCAGGGUUGGAUUCGAGCAAGCUUCAGCCGGACAUGGUCGAGGUGCCGCAACUGCGCCCCUGGGCAUCGCUCGGCCCCGAGCUGUUCACGGAAUUGGUCGGGACGACACGCGUCGUCGAGAUUGCUCCAAGCAUCUGGCGUCUCGUCGUUGUGCAAAUACACCCCGGUGCCUUUGCGUACGAGCCCAACAUCGCGCCGCCUCGCCAACACCUCGCUAAAAAGGUAGCUCGGCCGGGGCAACUCUCGCCGCUGAGCGGCAAAAAGUUUGGUGAACGGAGUGGGACUCGAACCCACGCCUCUUGCGAGACCAGAUAUUUCAUCGCAAUGCAAUGCAGGAACCGGGAUUUGGCUUUCCUUGAGACUGGCUCCUUGACCACUCGGACAUCCGUCCGGAAUAAUUUGAUGCACAGCGAAGCCAAACUGUGCUAUCCAGCCUCGUUUUUUUUGCCUGAGCGUUUCUACACACACACACACACACACACACACACACACACACACACACACACACACACACACACACACACACACACACACAAGUGAGUUUCUGUGGUGUAGAGUGAGUAGUUGACCUCCAAGCCCGUUAAGCUUUACAGGUCAACACAAACACGCGAUGCCGGAUCCGCCCGGCGCCGAUGGGCCCCCGCCCGAGGACCUAUUGGGUGGUAAUGGCGCGAGUGAUUCAUCACUCAACACGCAAACGCGUGAAGCGGUCACUGGAGGAACCGCGAAUCCUCCAGCUUGGUCGCCCAAGGCAACUCAGGUCCGGUUGGACCAUGAGAAGCUGAUGAAGAAGACCUUCCAAGUGCUCGGGAUUGUUCCCUCCAGCAAGUCGACCCGCCGACUGAUGGUCCUGAUGCACGACGCCUCGACCCCGCCUUCGCAGGCGCCAGCGCUCGCACGAGCCGCCCAAAGAGCGGUGCGAAACGACGCAGCCCCGGCCUCCAAUGUGAUUCGAGUCAUUAUGGAUGGUCCUGGAUCACCCAGAGGUCCUGUACAGACCGCGCUGCGCAAGCACUUUGGAUUGGCCGAGACGCCGUUCAUGUUCGCGCGGCCCGAGGGCGUCGUGCUUGACCCCGAGGUCGAGAAGCUUUUCUCGAAAUGCGUGAAGCUGAACCCGAUUGUGACGAAAGCCACGAAGAGGUUCCCGAUCGCUCGUCACAUGUACGAGCUUGUAUUCGAAUCCGAGCAAGCUUGUCUUGAAGCCGCUUCAGCGGGCCCAUUCCCCUACCACGGCAAGGAGAUGGUUACCGAGCUCCCCAGCGCCUCUCCCCUUAACCACGUCGUGCAGGUGCGAUUCACCUUGCCCUCCUCCUCCAGCGCGAUCCCCGCUUCCGUGCUCCGAAAAUCUCUCGAUGAUGCUAUCACCCUUUCGUUCGGCCGCGCAGGUCGCACGCAAGGUUAUACCCUGAUGCAAUUACAGCGGGGCCUCGCGGUCGAUCCGAAUGGCGAUCCGAUGGCCAUGACCGAAGACGGGUUCCACUGCGCGUACCUUCGCUUACAUGCUGAUCUUUUCCAAGGCUCCAUCGAGACGCAGAAGGCCGCGCUCAACGCCGCUUUGCCACAAGAGAUCGAGAUCCUGGGCGCCAAGUACGGCUUGCGACACGAAUUCGAGACGCACUACUGCGCGGUGUGCGAUCGCGCCGGACACCAGUGGGGCGCUUGCAGGAAGCCGGUUUCGACUCCGGCCACCGCCGCCCCUGUUCCGGGGGCCUCGACCUCGACUUCGACUUCGACCACCGGCUUCCGAGUUGCUGGAAAGAAUGGGAAGCACGGUGGGCCUGCCGCAUUGAACUCUCGUGUCUCUGGCGCGAACAUGAUCCAGCUGGGACCUCGUGCUAACCCCGCAGGUGCAGUAACCGCCAACAAGGACGACGCGAACGACGGCGACGACGAGCCGGUCGUUUCGACCGAACCGGAGGGCGGCGACACUGGGGAAGAGACGUCGACGCGUGCGACCCUGGGCUCAACAAAGGAGACGCAGACGACGACGGCGGCGCCCGUUUCGACCCCGACCUCUCCUUCGCCUUUGUCCGGUGGCACGUCGGGAUCAUCGGCAACCUCGACAACCUCGAUAGCCUCGACGAGUCCUCGACGCCUUCGUUCGAGCUCGGCACCCGGCAACCGACGUGUCACCCGGGCGGGAUCCGCCAUGAUCCUCGGUGCAUCAGGGGGUGAUGGCUCAGGGGGCAACAGUUCAGGGGGUCACAGGUCCGAGGUGACCGAAUUCGAGGGGGGCGGCGCUGAACUGAUUUAAUCAUGAUUGAGUCACUCACCGUGUUGACGUUCAACGUCCGAUCGAUGAAGAACGCAGUCAACCAAGUCAAAAUUAUCCGUUAUCUCAAAACCCUUCGGCCGGCCCCUGCGGCCAUCCUCCUGCAAGAGCACCACCUCAGCUACAACGCGUCGCGCGAAGGCUUCGAGAGUGCUUGGCCGGGGGCUUGUAUUCGUUUCACUCCUCAUGUCCUUACCCUCAUACCCGAUGGCUCACCUUUGGCGGGCCAUCUCCUUUCCUCUACCCCGGUCGUCUUUGCAGGAGCUCCUCGUUUCGACGGUCGGAUUCUGCGCUCGGUGUUUCGUCUUGAGGAGCUCGAUGUCGAGAUCAUCAACAUGUACGCGCCGGUGCAGGAGGACGAUCGUCGCGACUUUUUCGGGCUUCUGCACUUCAACGCCCCGAGACCCAAGAUUCUUCGGAUCUUGGCCGGCGAUCUCAACGAUUGUCCGGAUGUAUCGGUCGACCGAGUGUCCAUCACCGAUCGCGCUUGGACUCCUGUAUCGCACUGGCAGACCUUGCUGUCAAAGAUCGCGUUCAAGGCACUCGACACGGUCCGACAUGUCCAUCCUUGCACCCCUGCAUUCACUCGUCCUCACUACCGUGGUAGAGGGGAAGAGCGAAAGAUUUGCUCGUGGUCGCGGAUCGACUAUAUUCUUGUCCAAUGCAGUUGGGCGAACCGGUUGUUGAGCGCUUCUACGCUCUUCGAUGCGCCCUGUUCGGACCACAGACCUGUAGUUGCGACUUUCGCUUUGCCUACAUCGAACGCUGAUGCCGAACCCCCCCUUUCUCUUCCCUCCACGAGCGAUUUCAUUUCGAGGCUCAACCCAAUGGUCUUUGACGAUCAAGACUUUGUCGCAUCGAUUCCCGGGGUCGUCGACGAGGUCUAUCGAAGGCUCGAGGGGACCGCUCCGCUCGGCGACGUCUAUGACGCCGCUCUGCGGGCGGUUGCAGUCGCUGGCCAUGCACGAUACCGCUCGACUCGUGCCGACAUGCGCCGACUGCGGGCCGAGAGCCAAUCCGUCAUGGAGGCUUUGGAGGCACGCGGUGAGCACAUGAAUGAGGCCGAGCGCGAUGCGUAUGCUCUUGCCAAGUCGCGGUUGGACCAGUUGGCGGUAAAGGAGGCUCAGUGGCUGCGCAUUCGUGCGCAUGUGCCGUCAGUCGACUCGAGGGAAGGUCAAUCGGCAAGCAUUCGCACGCGCCUCAACCGCCGGAGUCGCCAGACGAGCAUCGUCUCGCUGGAGGAUGUGGAUGGCACCGAGACCGUUGACAUGCAGGAGGCGCUGGGUAUUGCUUCACGGCACGCGCAGUCGCUCUUCACGCCGGACCCAGCUCGUGGCGACCCGACGAACGCACGCCGGUCCCUGCUCGACCCUAUUCGCGCAGCGAAAUGCUACGAUGACGACCGCUCGGACCCUACGUUCGGUCGUCGGCUGCCUCGUCAAGCGAGAGUGGCGCUUGACGAGCCCUUCACCCUCCUCGAGGUUGAAGCGGCGUUGAAGAAGACGGAUUCGGGGCGAUCACCGGGGCCCUCGGGCAUUCCGUACGAGCUCUUCAAGGCGCUGCCAACCUACUUUGCUCCCAAGCUGUUGGACUUGUUCAACUCGAUUUGGGAGGGCGGCAAAAUGACGGCGUCCUUGGCAGAGGGGCUGGUGCGGCUCUUGCCCAAGAAUAAACCGGGGGCCAAUCUGAAAUCACUGGGGGCAUACCGACCGAUCACAUUGCGCGAGACGACCUACAAGGUCCUCAGCAAGGUCUUGGUGGCGCGACUCAAUGGGGUGCUCGGCGAGCUUUUGCCGCCGGCGCAACACGGUUUCAUGCCAUCAAGACGUUCAGCGGACGCGGGAAGUCAUCUCACUCUCCUUCUCGAAAAACUCAAGUCGCUAGGCACUGAUGUUUUCCCCGAGGGCGCCCUCUUGUCUUUGGAUCAGCAGAGCGCGUACGAUCGGGUCGAUCACGCCUGGAUCUUCGAGGUCUUUGAGGCCUUUGGGUUCGGUGAGCGUUUCAUCUCGCUGCUGCGCGCUCUCUACGAUCCCAAGACUCUGGGGGUGCGCUACCUUGUCAAUGGGUUCCCCACGGACUUGGUGCGGUUGCUGUGUGGUCUCGGUCAGGGGGAUCCCCUCUCGUGCCCGGUUUGGAACAUCACGUUCCAGCCCUUCCUCGACGCCCUCGUUCGGCGCGGGAUCGCGCUCGACCUGCAGAAGGUGUGGCCAGGGGGGCCGCGUGCGCAGCUUACGCAUCUGGCGUUUGCCGACGAUGCUGUGGUGGUGGUGGAGUCACCGGCGGCAUUGUCGAAGCUGCAAACGCUGUCGCAGACGUGGUACGAGGCUACCAACGGGAAGACCAACACGGACAAGACGCUGGUGCUACCACUCGGACCGAACUGGCUUCGGGACGAGACUGCGCAGGCGCUGCCAACGGUGCAGGAGGGGGAGAGCUUCAAGUGGUGCGGCUAUGCCUUCUUUCGCCACGGUGACUCGAAACUGUUUUGGACCCAUGUUCUUGACAGGAUCAAGGCCAAGACCCGCGCCGCUCGAGACCGGACACUUUCGCCGAGUGGGAAGGUUUUCUAUGCCAACGCUCACAUCAUCUCGACGGUCCUCCACGUGCUGUCCUUCGACAUACCGCCUCAAUGGUUCAUUAAGGCGGCGGAGACGGCACUUACGGACUUUGUCUGGGGAGGAGCAGGGCGAAAUACCGUCGCUCGCGAUUUCGUGUUCCAGGCUCGGGAGGACGGUGGCUUGGGUUUGAUUUCGAUUGGCGACAUCGUUCAUUCGGUGGCGCUUCGAUUUUGGGAUGCUGUGGCGGGCUCGGACGAGGCGAUCUGGGCGCCCCUAGCUCGCGAGAGCUGGAGGUCCCUCGUCGCUGCGACCCGCGAUUUCAGUCCGUGGGGGUUCUUCAGCAGCACGGCUCGGGUCGAGAAGCUGUAUCGCGACUCGACGCGCUGGGGGGCAGUCGUUGCAGCGGCCAGGGUCACAGUUCCAACCAUCAAGUCCGAACUCCUUACGCUUCCCGAAUUGCUCUCGCUUCCGCCUCGCCUCCCUUCACUCUAUGCUGAAGGUGCCCAGCACGCAUAUGACGAUGCGGACGCGGUGGCGAAGUUUGCGCAGAUCGCGGACCUGUACUGGAGGGACGAAGGGAAGGGAUGGGCUCUGGUUGGUCAUCGACGCGGGUUCUGGCAGCACUCUAAGGAACCCGCCCUACAGCACGAGCACGUGUGGUCGCGCGUGGGUCAGUUGCUCAAGGCGAAAGCGUUGCUGCCCAAGACCGCGUUGCGACCUGCUCGGAUACCUCUCAAGGAGGCUCCCCGUCCUCGGUGCUUCAACUUCUUUGGGCUCUCCCGACCUUUUACGAUUCGCAAGCUUCGUCGGCUUGUGAACAAGGUGCGGUUCCCAGGGAGGGAGGACCGUGUCAAGCGUCUCCCUGAUGGGACUUCUCAGAGCGAUAGGAAGCGCUUCUGGAGAUGGCUUCAUGACCGGUUCGCGUCUGCUGUCGAGCAGGACACCCACUGGCGGCUCAUGUACGACGUGACGCCGACGCGCAAGAGGCAGCAUACUCAGGGUCAUGCCUCUUCGCCGACGUGUCUGUUCUGUGGCAACGAUGCAGCGGUCAUCGAGACGGUGUCCCACUACUUUUUCGAGUGCGCGUACUCGACCAGCUUCUGGGGUGGGGUGCUACGCAUUCUGCUUGACAAGCUCGGCAUCGAGGAUACCGACGUCGAUCCGUCGACGUUCACUCCGGAGCAGCUGACUAUGGGGCUCCCCCUUUUGCGGGGUCGUGGGAGAACGACCUCGAAAUGGAUGUGGGUUCGGCUGGCCUGCGCGAUCGGCUUCCAGCGGCUGCACCUGCUCCGCUGGCGCGUUCAUCAGCGGUUCGAGCUGGACAACGUCGUGGCCCCUCCCUCGCUUCCCAGUGCGCUCAGAGCGUUCGAGCGAGAUUUUCUCUCUCGAGCGGGUUUUGUGCCUGGGGUUCGAGAUUGGGAGGUGUGAUGACCGCGUUAAGUCCUUCCUUCCCAUUUUCCUCCCCUCCUUUCCUCCCUUCCUUUUCGGUCAGAAGCUGACUGUCUUGAAACUUGUUGCGCAGUGGAAGGCUGCGCACCUCUCCCUCUCUCUACUUUGCGCAGUAGCGAUUUUCGUUCUUGGAUGGAUCGGCAAGCCGGGUCGAUCGUCGUUGCGUUGGAGGCUUUGUGAAGUUCUCCCCCCUCUUUCCCCCCCUUUUUUUUCCCUUCCCUUCCUCUUCUCUUUCCUGUUGCUCGGUUGUUGACUACGCUUCAGCCACUUCUCCUUUUAUUCCUAAGCCGUGUGUUGGAUUCCGUCGAAUAGAUCGUUCGUUCGCGUUGGUCAAGAUCUACGGCAUGGAUCGGGAAGAAAGGUCGCUCGUUUUUUUGGUCAAUAUCCUCGCGUCAAGGCGAGGCUCGUUUCGUUGUAUUGGAUCGUUUUCGCUCGGCCCCGACGGCUCAACAGCCAGCACUCGAGACUCAGCCAAGGGAGGACAUCAGGCGCUGUCGGGGUGACGAGUAG